AUGCCAUUGUCCACCCCGGGCAGUGGAACGACCGAUGGUACCAUCGACGACCGUCCGAUGGAGAGCGACAGCUUCUACGUCUGGGAUCGUGAUCCGUAUCCGCCCAUUCAGGCUGAUCGCGACCCGUGGUGGCUAUGGGCUUCUCGUGCGGCUCUGUGGACGAGCGUGCUGUUCUUCUUGAUCAGCGCCGUCGUUUGGAUGUCCCUGACGCCCGACCAAGGCUAUUAUUUGGGAGAGACGAGGGAGCCAACAGCGGCAGAGUGGUUCGCCCCGGGGCAGGCGCCGUGGCGCGACGACCGCAAGAAGGUCAUCAACAUUGCCAACCAGGCCGACUUCAUCUUGACGACGCACGGGCAGUGUGCGCGUAUGUUGCGCACGGGCUCGGUGGGCCAGGAUUGGACCCUCCGCCAGCAGGCUUUGUUCAUCCACAUGUGUGCCAUCUACGAGAACCCCCAGCGUGCCUCGUUCUACUCGGCUUCAUCCGCCAUGGUCUUCCGCUUGAGCGACACUGGCCCCCCAUUGGCGGAGACGGUCAGCUCGCAGGGGUUCAUCACCUACUGGCAGACGGACGAGGCUCGAAAAUAUGGAAUGAGCAUGUGGGAUACGGGGGUCCCCUCCGCCUACACGGUCCUCAAAUACACGGCUCUCAAGAAGUUUGACGACGAUAAGAAUUCUACCCUUGCCGACAUGCAUGCAUGGCUUGAACAAGUCAAAUUCUUGUUUCUGCCUACUGGCAAGGAUAAGUUUGGCCGUCUGGUGCCUGUUUCAACGGAGACUUGGCGAUCGUUCACCCAUCUUCUCGAGUUCCAAGAAGCCGAGGUGCUGAACAGGCAAAAGGAAGGCCUCGCCCAGUUGACGAACCUAUGCAGCACCUUGCGCCAGGGAUCAUGGGGCCGCUCGAUAGACGUGCUCAAUAUGACCAUCACCCGUAACGCCACGUUCCUCGAGUUCAUGGGUGACACGUUCAUCAAAAACGAGAAGAUACAAGGCCUCUACUACGUCACCACCGGCCGAAAGCUUCCGCAAACACUGGACGACAUUCUCGAGCCGCAAUGUCUCUUCAUGUAUCUGCCGCUAUGGUCCGAUACGAUGGUGUCGCGCAUCAAUUACCUGCUAUUUGGCGGUACGCAUGAAAUGCCGCUCGCGGGGGACGACGAGAUGCGAGCGCGGGCCAAAAGUGAACAAAAGGGGCUGCUCGACGAUCAAACCGAACCGGGAUGUGCAUUCUCGGAUCGAUGGAGGAAGAUGACAAGUUCGGCAAGUAAGGGGCGGUCGGACAACAUCGACAAGUACGGCUCGGCCGGACAACACCAACAAGUGCCGGCCAAAAGUUGGAUGAUGGAAACGAAAUAUCUGCCUCGCGACUUUAACCUCUUUGCCGACAGCGCCUCCAUCAAGGAAUUUGUGUCGAAGCGAGACCCGGUGAGGGGCAACCAAACGUGGGGCUCAAUCGUCGGCCAUCGAUACCCCUACGGCACCCAGUUCUUUGCCAACCUCUACCAGCUGCUCAGUGCCGAAAAGGACCCGCAUGCCGUGCUUUCGAAAAGCUACUCGGCGAAGAAAGUGAGCUGCCGCUACUUCAAGACGCCCGAGGAGCCGGCCCGUGCCGACUUCAUCCCGAUGCUCAGCGCCUUCGACGAGGGCGAAGUUGUUGGGGACGACUUUUGCGACUCGGUGUCGGUGAUCAAGCGCGGCGAUCUGGUCUACGUCAUCACCACGUCCAUGGGAAAAUGCAAAAAUGCGUUCCGCGUCGGCCUCCGCACCACCCAGGUGAUGCACAACAUCCGCGACUACUACCUGGGCUCAGACAACAACUCGUUCCAAUAUUGCCGCCCGAUGAUCCCGACCACCCCACCGGCCACCGAGUUGCCAUUCGUUGUCAGGAAUGAGGAUGACCGCGUCAAAUGGUUUGGCUACGUCGCUGGCCCGAAGCUGAUGGAGACGACGCUGAAGCUGAUGCUCUCGAAGGAGUACUACGACAAUGCGCCCGAGGACCAGAACAGCGGCCUCGGCCACAUGACCAGGGCUCGCUACUUCACGAUCGACAAGGAGAAGAUAGUCCUGAACCCUCGGAUGGCCCGCCAACUCCACUAUGUCCCGAUCCCGAGCCCCGCACCCACAAAGCCA